AUGGGUAAUGUUCGAGCACUACUGCACGCUCGAGGUCGAUGGCUCCUCCUCCUCCAUUGCCGACACGAACACGCUGGCGAGCUGCCGCACCAUCAGCGGCCUUCCCAUCAACGUCUCCCUCUGCCUCGCAGCGCCCCCAGAUCGCGCGUAUGCGUCCAACUUCCUGCCGGCGUCGAGGUGUCCUAUGCUGUAGUCCUCGCGGCACACGGCGACUCCGUGGUCGUCCAGGUCGCGGGGAUCAAGGACGAGUCAACUGACCACUUCGUCUACAAUGCGGGCGACGCGGCCGCUGAACUGCCGCGGCCGCCGUCGCUGUCGCUGCUCGCGCCUCACUCCAUCACCUAUGAAGAAGAGAAGCGUCGUCCCCGCGGGUGUCACUACCUGGAUAGUGAAAGCACCGGCCUACUUCGCCGUGGCGAGGACGAUUUCUUGCAUUGGUGGCGGAGCUUAAGAUGGAGUAUGUGA